AUGCUGGAUAUCUAUCAAGUCAACCUCGGCGGCCUCCUGCUCGCCUGUGGCUUUCUCUUCGCCUCGGGCAGCCAAGACAAGUCUAAUGCCUCUAAAGGAGACGAGAAGAAAAAUUCUCAGCAAAAGCCAAAGCAGACAGGCUCCCAGUGGGCCUUCUACGUCGUCUACGCCCUUGUAAUGGGUUCAGAUUGGCUGCAGGGACCGUUUCUUUAUUCUCUUUACAAGAAUGAGCAUCAAAUUUCUUCAGACUUCGUGCCAACGCUCUUCACAACUGGCUUCGUAUCCGGCGCCGUAGCCGGCUACUUCAUCGGCUCAUUCGCUGACCGCCACGGCCGCAAGGCCAGCUGUCUCUUCUUCUGCGCCGCAUAUGCGCUCUCCUGCAUUCUUACCACGAUACCCAGCGUUCCGAUAUUAUUCAUUGGCCGUGUUCUCGGCGGUCUGGGAACGAGUCUGUUGUUCAGCGUCUUCGAGAGCUGGAUGGUGACCGAUUUUCAUGCCCGCAGUCUGGGUGAGAAGGGCAUGGACCUCUCGCGGACCUUCGGCCUAAUGAGUACCGUCAACAGCGUCGUCGCAAUUGUGAGCGGUGUGGUGAGCGAGUGGCUCGUCUCCGUCACUGGGACGCGCAAGUCGCCUUUCUUGGCCAGUGUCGGGCUGCUGAUCGUUGCUGCUGGUGUCAUUGCCAGCCAAUGGGAUGAAAACUAUGGCUCAACAGGUCAAAAAUCCGAGUCGGAAAAGUCCACAGCCCAAAAGCCCAGCCUUUGGUCCACAAUUACGGACAAGCGUGUUCUCACAAUCGGCCUCGCCUCAACCAUGUUCGAAGGCUCAAUGUACCUCUUUGUAGUCUUGUGGUCCCCUGUCCUCGUCUCCGCGUCGUCUUCACCAGAGUCACUUCCUUACGGCAUUAUUUUUGCCUCCUUCAUGGCCUCGACCCUCCUCGCCUCUCUCCUGUAUCCCCGCCUCCUCGCCCUCGUCUCCACGCCAUCCCGACUGCUACUAUUGGUCUUGCUCGCCGCCAACGUCGUAUUUUUUGCCCUUGGAACGGGGCCCCCUCGCGCGGAGCAAGUCACCUUUUGGCUCUUUUGCCUGUUCGAAGCCUGUGUUGGGUUGUAUUUCCCUUCGAUGGGGUAUCUCAAGGGCAAGGUCGUCGAUGACGGUGUCAGGGCGCAGGUGUACGGCGUGCUGAGAAUUCCGCUGAAUGUUUUUGUGGUUGUGAGCCUUAUGUUCAGCAGCGAUGGGCAGGCGGGUAAGGUGUUUCUCGUCUGUGGCAUGUUGCUCCAGGCGAGUUGCGGCGCGUUGUGGCUCAUGGGUGGACAAGAUGCGUAG